AGCCGCCCGGCCGGCCUCGAUGCAUUCUGGGAAAGCAGCAGCACCAGGUCCAAGAUGGCGGCCAGCAGGAGGCUGAUGAAGGAGCUUGAAGAGAUCCGCAAAUGUGGAAUGAAAAACUUCCGUAACAUCCAGGUUGAUGAAGCUAAUUUAUUGACUUGGCAAGGGCUUAUUGUUCCUGACAACCCUCCUUAUGAUAAGGGAGCCUUCAGAAUCGAAAUCAACUUUCCGGCAGAGUACCCAUUCAAACCCCCGAAGAUCACAUUCAAAACAAAGAUCUACCACCCCAACAUUGAUGAAAAGGGGCAGGUCUGUCUGCCCGUCAUUAGUGCUGAAAACUGGAAGCCAGCCACCAAAACCGACCAAGUGAUCCAGUCCCUCAUAGCACUGGUGAACGACCCCCAGCCCGAGCACCCGCUCCGGGCUGACCUAGCUGAAGAAUACUCUAAGGACCGUAAAAAAUUCUGUAAGAAUGCUGAAGAGUUUACAAAGAAAUACGGGGAGAAGCGACCUGUGGACUAACAGCUGCUGCGGAGGAUUCCAGCGACUGUGAGCAGAGACCGGAACAGCGCGCUCAGACUCCGCCCAGCGGGACUCUGGGAAACCGACACGUGCCGCCGCCUGGCGCUCGUGGCAGUUACUAACUUUCUACAGUUUUCUUAAUCACAAGUGGUCUAGGUAACCUGUAAAGAAAGGAUUAAAAAUUUCAGAUGUUCUAGUUCUGCUUUCUUUGUUUUAAAAAUCACCACUUCAAUCUGUUUCCAAAAACGGUGUUUCUUUUCUUGUCCAAAUUGACCCAAAAAGUUUCAAGUUCCAUUUAGCUCAAAGUUUAAAUUUUUUUUUUUUUUUUUUUGUUAAGGGUUGUAUUUCCCCCACCCCAUCCUGUUCCCCUCGCCCCUGUGACUCCUACCUUCUCACUCCCAGCCAGUCAACCCUCAAGGGUUCCCUCCCAGACGCAACCCGGCCUCCCUAAUGGAGAAUGGCUGGGGCACGGCCAGCGGCCUGUCCACUCCCAUGGCACACUACCCCGCAUGGAGUUGGUCCAACGUCCGACUUGAGGUGAUAGCAUCCUUUAAAAAAUAAAUUAAAUAAAAGAUGAUCCAACAACCACCACCACCACUCCUAACCACCUUCCCUGCCCAUGCCAUCACCCCCCCCCCACCCCCCGAAAAAAACCUGGCAAGGGAGGCCUCGCUGUUGCAUAGAACCUGCUAACGUUGCUGUGUGCGCCACUGAACUGGCCUGUCCCGCCAGACCUCGGGUGACCCUGGAAUAGGGCCCGGGGUCCUUCCAACCUGAGGACAUUGUCGUUGCCUGCCUUCAGCCAUCUUGGAACGUGAUGAGCCGUCAGUCACCAUGGGCCGAGGGAUCCACUUUUUGAGGUUCCAUGCCCAGCUGCCACCAAGAACCUGGAUGUGCCACGGAGCCCAGCCUCACACCACCAGUUCUCCCCCAGCACGGCACCGCCCUCCGCAGGAUUGGGAUUGACGGGACUCGGCUUCUGUAGCCAGCACCUAUCUGGGGUCGCCAGGACCCCCUGACCCUGCCCUGCUGAGUUCCUCCUUCACAGCUGCCGCCACCAUCACCACCCAGUGCAGCCCAGGGACAAGAUGGUCUCCUCGCCCCCCUUCAGACUCGCAGCCUCCGCAGCAGAGACCACCUCCGCUCAGCACUCACUCAGUUAUAUCCUUCUGAUGUGUUUUAUAUUGUUUUGAUUGCCUUUUUUUUUUGUAGAAAUAAAAAUUGACCUUAGAAUUGA